CUGGCUAAGAAUCAGGCUAAGCUUGAAUAUUUGAUUAAUAAACAGCUAACAAAGCUUGGUAAAGUUUUAAAAAAAUUAGAUAGCAUUGAUGAGUUAAAUAAUAUUGUCAAAAGGAGCAAAGGAAAAAAGCCUGCAAAAAAUGUGUUAGAUGUUUGCUUUCAA